AAAAAAAUUUUCUUAAAAUAUUGCUAUAAUAAUUUCAAUAGACUCUAUUGUUAAAUUAUAUUAAUUGAAUUCUAUUUAAAACUUCAGAGAGCGGAUUUAGCCAUAGGAGACUUGACUAUAAACACUCAAAGGGAAGAAGAUGUGGACUUUACAAUGCCUUUUAUGAAUUUGGGAAUUGGUAUAUUAUUUAAAAAACCGGCUCGAAAAGAACCGACUUUAUUUUCUUUUAUGUUCCCCUUUUCGACACCUGUAUGGAUUUAUAUGGCUACAGCAUAUUUAGGAAUGACAGUUGUAGUAUAUAUCUUAGCUCGCUUGUCACCAUACGAAUGGAUAAACCCACAUCCAUGUGAAAUGUAUCCAGAUAUACUUAGCAAUCAGUUCAAUUUCUUAAAUACUUUAUGGUUUUCAAUCGGCUCACUCAUGCAACAAGGAUCUGAACUCGCACCAAGAGCAUUAUCAACGAGAAUAGCUGCUGGCUUUUGGUGGUUUUUUACUUUAAUAAUAGUAUCUACCUAUACCGCUAACUUAGCAGCUUUUCUUACAUCAGCAAGAUUGCAAUCACCAAUAAAAAACGUGCAAGAUUUAGCAAAACAAACAACAAUUCCCUAUGGCUGUUUGGAAAAAGGAUCUACUAGAACUUUUUUUAAGGUAAUAUUUUUUGCUCUUAAUUUUAUAUUAAUUUUAACGAGAAAAAAUAACGUCAAUAAAUAAUUUUUUAUGAAUUAAUUUGUAAU